AUGACAGAGCUGAUGAUUCGUCAUUGUCAUAAAAGCAACGGACAUGUUGGGUGCCAACACGUACUUGCAGUAUUACGGACGAAAUACUGGAUAUUACAUGGACAUAGUGCUGUUAAGAAAACGAUUGGAAGAUGUAUUGUAUGUAAGCGUCAACACAGUCCGUCACUCACACAGCAGAUGGCGCCAUUGAUCCAAGAACAGACGACACCUGACAAACCUCCGUUUACUUUUGUCAAAGUAGACUACUUUGGUCCAUUAAUGGUGAAAUCAGGUCGUUCUUGCCUUAAUAGAUAUGGAUGUCUUUUUUCCUGUUUGACCACGAGAGCAGUCCACCUGGAAGUGGCUCAUAGCUUAACAACUGAUUCGUUCAUGGCGGCCUACCAACGCUUCACAAGUAGACGAGGGCAUCCAGAAAAAGUAUUUAGUGACAAUGGUACAAACCUAGUAAGCGGAGAUAAAGAACUUAAGAGAUCCAUAGAAGAGUGGAACCAGUCAAAGAUCGGUCGGUACUUGGUGCAGCAAAACGCAGAAUGGCACUUCAGUCCACCAUACGCAUGCAGCAUGGGUGGAGCAUGGGAGAGAAUGAUCAGAUCUACUCGAACAAUACUCAAAGCUCUUGCACAAGAACAACUUCUUAAUGACAAAAGAUUGUUGACAUUGAUUGCAGACAGAAAGAAUAAUCAAUGA